AUGGGAGAAGUUAUUCGACCUCUUGGCUCGCUAGUUAUGCAAAAAGUUGAAAGCCAUUGGUUUCUCAAGAAAUUGGAAUCCAACGGUUUUAAGAGAUGUCCAUAUAUAACAGCUAGUAAAAAAAAUGCCAACAAGAGUUUUACCUACGAUACCUUGUUGAGGGAUGGGAUGAUAUACCCGGAUCCAAUCGUCUAUUCCAAGUUAUAUUUCAGCGAAAAAGUUAGAGAAAAACCAGGUGAUGGCAAGGAAAUCCCCAAUGAGUUGGUCGCGGUGUACUGCUUGGGUGAAAAUAUUCAUGGUUAUUCAGGCUUGGUACAUGGAGGUGCCAUCAGUACCAUUUUUGAUGAUAUGCUAUUGAAAUGCUGCCUUCCUUUAGUUCAUGGCGAUAUCCCCAUCGCUGUCACCAGACGUUUGAACAUAACCUAUAAUAAACCGGUUCCGGUUGAAAGUCACAUAGUCAUAAAGACAUACGUAGUAAAGACUACCCAUAGAAGAUACAUUAUUAAAGGAACAUUGGAGCUACUUUCUGAUCAGGAUAAAGAAAACCCUCCUGUUUAUGCGGAGGCCUUGGGUGAUUUUAUCGAGCCUGGAAAAAAAGCGAGUGGACAUCUUAAAUUGCAUAAACUACAUAGCAAAUUGUGA